UUUAUACUUUAUUAAUCUUUAUGAAUAUUUACCUUCAGUUCAGUUUAACUUUUAAAAAAAAUGUCAGGUCUUCAUAAAUUUGGCUUUAUGUAGAGAGAACUGAUGCAUAGUUUACCGUAUAAUCGCUAUUUAUAUUCUCCAAAAUACUUCCAAGUCAUGUUUAUUUUCUAACACAGGCACAUCAAUGAAUUUGUUAAUUCACUUUGUUAAUUUUAUGACUGGACAUUAAUUAUGCUGUCAUUUCAAUGUAAUUACUGCAAAAGACAAUUAUAUUGGUCAAAAUUAAAUCAUAGCCUAAAAAAGUCAGCAGACAGAUAAAUUAAGUUUAAAUUCUAAAUGAAUCUCUUUGCUGUUGGUGUGUGAAUACAAAUGUAAAAUAAUUAUUUUGUCAGUGAUGCUCUUGUUUUUCUGCCUCAUUUCUUUAAUUGGUGUCAUUGUCAAUGCUAAUCAGUAGGGCUGCAACUAACGAUUAUUUUAAUAAUCGAUUAAUCUGUCGAUUAUUUUUUCGAUUAAUCGAUGAAUCGGAUUUUUAAAAAAAAGAAAGAAAAGCAUUCAUUUCCAACCCUUUAUUCAAAAACAGAACUAAAAUCUUUAGAAAGUGCACAAACAUGUUGCUCCUUGAACAUCCCUGAGCUGUUAUAAUAAUAAUAAUAAAAUAAAAUAAAAAUAGACUAACACAAAAAACAUACACAUGUAUGCUUUACAUCUGCCAAAUAUGUAGACUUUUUGGGGGGGGAGUGCAAAAAAUUAAAUAAUUUAACAACACUGCGUCGUUAGCGUUGGUAUUGUAUCAGACACUUGCAUUUAACAUUAUAUGAAAAUCAAGCUCAAAUGGAGUUAAUAAUGUUUUUGACCAGAGAAUGACGGAGAUGGAGUGUUUUGUCUGUCAUUAGAACGGCUGUAACUGUUAUCUGAAGCAGCAAGUGCAUUAUGCUUUCAUCAACUUUUACAGGUUAUAUAACUUUGAUUGUAGCUAUAUGGGCGCUUAGUUUUUUCUUGUUUAAUACACUUGGCCAAAAUCUCAAAUUAAGCGCUUAUGCACAUAAUGCACAGGAUAUUUAAAACGUAUAUAGACAGCAAAUAACUAAUUCUUCUCCACUCUUCAAACACACAAAAACUUUAUCCUUUACUGACAUAGUGUUUGAGUAAAGAAAACGCUGUACUAUUCAAACACCAAUUAUUUAUUCACCCUUGCAUUGCGAAAAAGCGGAGAUCUGUCUCCAGGCUGUGCGCGGCGCGUCAAUCUGAACGGAGGCGGGGUGAAGUUACGAGGUCUCGCUGAGAGCUCGAUGAUCCAAUGGCGUUACGAAGUUUUACUGACAAGUUAUUUUAAUGCUUAUCAUUGGUUUACUAUUUUUAAAACUCAAUGAUUUAAAAUAAUAAAAACGAAUUAUAAGCGACUCAAGUUUGGAUAAUUUUUCACAGCACCUGACUGGGCUAGGGUAUGGCAACUGUCAUACUCUGCCAUACGCAAACGCCGCCCCGCUCCCACACCUUGGAUGACUUGGGUCGCACGGAUUUCUCUGCCUCCGCCAUGUAUCUUUCCUCUACCUCCGCUCGUUUUUUUUUUUUUACUUUUUUUUUUUUUUUUUAUGAGGCGCCAAACUCUGCUACCAUCCGUGCGCGAGAGAGACCGAGUGUGUUCACUCCGCUCCGCGCUCAACUAAAGUUUUUUUUUUUUUUUUAAAUAAUAAAACGUCUCCGCGUUGCGCGACACAACGAAUCGAUUAUGAAAUUCGUUGCCAACGCUUUUAGUAAUCGAUUUUUAUCGAUUUAAUCGAUUCGUUGUUGCAGCCCUACUAAUCAGUAUGUGAAUUACGUGUGAAUGUAUCUGGAGUUUCUCUGAUCUCUCUGAUAAUGAGUGCUAUAGUUCUGCUGAUUGUUUUACAGCUGCUGAGUUUCUCCAGAGUCUGAGUGAUUGAACUAGAACUGCUCACAUCCUUUGAUACUGUGUUUAAGCUGGUGAUCUGAGUGCUUUGUCUUCAGCUGUAAGAACAGCCUCCUGAAAUCUGUAUAAAACUACAGUGAUUCAGUGCUUUAGUCAGUCUUGAUGACCGCAGCGCGACACAGUACCAUCUCAAUCAAGAACCUGCUGAAGACUCACUCAGUCUCCUGAUCUUCACUUCUGAGAUUCCUACGUUUAAUUGGAUAUUGGUCAUAUUUUUGGCUAACUGAAGGAACUGAACAGGUACAGCUUUAAUCAGUGAACCAUAUUCUAUUCUAAAAAAUAUAUAUUAAAAACUAAAUUCCUUAUAUAAAAGAACAUUAUCAGCUAAAUCAGUUAGAUCAAGCAAAGGCUAUAAUUAUGUUCCAUUUGGAUUUAUUUUUCUUCUUAAACAGGACAAAGUGUCCAAACAAACAGGAAAACUCCUGCUGAAUCAACUGAGAUCUACGUGACACUACUAUAAAGAUGGCAUUUAUUAAAGAGGGGAGUGAAGACAUGAAGAUUGAAGAAACAUUUAGAGUCAAACAUGAAGAUACUGAGGAACAAACAGAACUGAAUGAAACGGAAGAGAAAGAUCAGAAUGAGGAACAUCAUGAUUUCAAAACUGAAGAAAAAACAAUUAGUUGCUCACAGACUGAAAAGAUGUCCUCGCAAAAAAAAUCUCAAAAAACUAAAAUAUGCCCUCAAUGUGGAAAAUGUUUUACACAGAGAAAAAACCUUAUGGCUCACAUGAGAAUUCACACUGGAGAGAAACCUUACACCUGCUCUCAGUGUGGAAAAUGUUUUAGACGGGAAAAAAACCAUAAGGCUCACAUGAGAAUUCACACUGGAGAGAAACCUUACACAUGCAAACUGUGUGGGAAGAGUUUCUUAUUAAAUAACGGUCUUAAGACUCACAUGAGAAUUCACACCGGAGAGAAACCUUACACAUGCCCUCAGUGUGGAAAGAGUUUCAGAGUUCAAGGAACCCUUAAAACUCACAUACGAAUUCACACUGGAGAGAAACCUUACACAUGCAAACUGUGUGGGAAAAGUUUCUCAUUUAGUGGAGGUUUUAGGACUCACAUGAGAAUUCACAAUGAAAAUAAUCCAUUAAAAUGCCUUCAGUGUGGAAAGUGUUUUACACAGAAAAAAACCCUUAAUGCCCACUUGAGAGUUCACACUGGAGAGAAGCCUUUCACCUGCCCUCAGUGUGGAAAGAGUUUCAGGCUCAAAGAAAGCCUAAAGACUCACAUAAGAAGUCACACUGGAGAAAGACCAUUCACAUGCAAUCAGUGUGGAAAGAGAUUCAGAUAUAAAGACCAUCUUAAUAGGCACAUGAAGAUUCACUCAAGAGAGAAGAGUUUUAAAUGUCAUCAGUGCGAAAGGAGUUUCACAGACACAAAUCACCUUCAGGAUCAUGUUAAACUUCACAUCGGAGAAAAGCCUUUCAUGUGCCAUCACUGUGGAAAGAGUUGCUCAAGAGAAGAUAGCCUCAAGACUCACAUUAGAGCUCACACUGGAGAGAAACCCUUCACCUGCGAACAGUGUGGAAAGAGUUUCACAACUAAAGGAAACCUUCAGAGUCACAAGGUAGUUCACACUGGAGAGAGACCGUACGAAUGUCUUCAGUGUGAGAAGAGUUUCAAAUGUCAAAGCAGCAUGAAACGUCAUUUGCGAACUCAUUCUGGGAAGAAAUAGCCUUUUUCCUCAGAGUGACGAGGUUUAGAAAAAGGAGUAAUUUCUACAAUUUUCUGUGCAUUCAUUUAGGAAGACAUUUAAUUGUAGUCAGUGUAACAAACAUUAUUUGCCAUCACACUGAAAAGUCAUGCAAAUGUGAGACCCUGUUUGUGUUCUUUGUUAAAGAGAAUGACAAGAAAAACUGAAUUCGGGCUACAUCUGUCACCUUCAUGACUACUUCUUGUACUUAAUUUACUUGCAUCCUUCAUGUCUUUAUGCUUCAACAUAAGGCUUUUGAUUUUCUUUUGUUCAUUUGUACUUCUGUAGCCAUACCUGACCACCUGCUUUGCUGUAGCUUCAAAUAUCGUAUGGUUACAGUAGAUUCCCUCAAAUUUCGACUAUGUAGAGUAUGUCACUCAAUUCCACGUGUUGAUUCAUCUGAAUCAAAAUAUUGGUCAAACUUUUACCAUGCUGGGAAAAGCAACAAUGUAACUGGAUAAAUUAAUUGACAAACUCAACAAAAUGACUUGUUCCCAUUGAUUGUAGGUGUAUUUUAGAUUAUUGUUUAGUUGAUUUCCAUUGAAUGUUGUAAUGUCUGGAUAUUUGGGGCAGUCGUGGCCUAAUGGAUAGUCGGACUUGUAACCUGAAGGUCACGGACUGCAACACAAGUUAUUUACAUUUCAUUAUGCCAUGGUCUGUCUGAAUACUCGAUUAUUUUGUCAGUUACAAAAAAAAAAAU